AUACUAUAUUAUAUUUUAUUGUACGAUAUAAAUUGUAGACAUAACAUUCAAUUAUCAUAUAUUGCCGCACACAGACAAAUAAUUUCCACAAUAACAUGAAUUCAAGUAUAUCGUUGUGAGAACAUAUAUCUAAUACAUAUUCAUAAAGGAGAGUACUUUUGAUUAAUGUCAUCCUUAACAAAUCUUAAGAUUUAAUAUUCACACACAAUAUACACACAUUUGAACGCACCAAGGACAGCGCUCACGUCUGCUUAAACUCUUCCAGAGAUGCCGGUUGCGUCCGAAGUAAAGUCCAGCUGGGCCGACGAGGUCGAGGAGGAGGGAGGAGCGCUGCCCGCGCCGUCGGAGGUCUACGAGAAUGGCCACAAGGUACUCACGGAAUACAAAUAUAACCAGGACAACAAGAAGGUGAAAGUGGUGCGCACCUUCAAAGUGGAGCGUCGCGUAGUGUCGAAGACGAUCGCGGCGCGCAAGAAUUGGGCCAAGUUCGGUGAUGCUGCUGACGACAGGCCGGGACCUAAUCCGGCGACUACCGUCAUCGGUGAGGACGUCUUCAUGCAAUUUAUAUCCAGCAAAGAGGAGGAGAACAAGGUGGAGGAGGACUCCCUGGACAAGUUGAAGAGUAUGGGCGACAAGGGUGUCGUCAAGUGCCGCAAUUGCAACGGGGACCAUUGGACGUCCAAGUGUCCGUAUAAAGACACUGUUCUUGCUGGAGGUGAGUGACGACACGGACCGAAUAAACGUCGAUCCCGCUAU